CAGUAGUUAAGCCCGUGGCUCUUAUGUGACUGAACAAACUCCUACCGGCAACCAUUACAACAUCUCUAGUCCCACGCCCGAAACAUGAUCCAUUCCUAAUAAAUCACGACCCUUUCGUCUCCGGGAAAGCCACAUCUCGAUCUUCUGUCCCCGACUCGAGCAAACUUGGCUAUGGGUGCUUGCGUAGAUUUCUCGACCCAGGUUCACGAGCACAUCUUCAGGAGCAGAUUCCCUCCUGUGCAGGUGCCGGAUGUGUCCCUGCCAGACUUUGUGCUCCAGGGAUGGGAGCCCCACGCCGACAGGGUAGCAUUCGUGGAACCCGUGUCAGGGAAGACCUACACAUAUGCUGAGGUGGUCAGAGACGUCCGGAGGUUCUCCAAGGCCCUGAGUUCCAUUGGCCUGAGAAAGGGUCGAGUCGUGGUCGUUGCCCUGCCCAAUGUGGCAGAGUACGGGAUUGUGGCCCUUGGUAUCAUGGCUGCUGGGGGAGUGUUUUCUGGCGCCAACCCAGCUAUGCACGCCUUGGAAAUUAAGAAGCAGGUAGAGGCUGCUGAUGCGAAGCUGAUCGUUACAGAUGGACCGAAUUAUGAAAAGGUGAGGAGUUUCGGGCUGCCCGUAAUCGUGCUGGGCGAUGGAGAGCCCAUCCAAACAGCCAUGAACUGGGCAGAGCUCCUCGAGGCUGGGGAGAAGGCUGGCCCCGGCGCCUCAGUGGAGGCACCAUUAUUCCAUCAGGAUGAUCUCUGCGCGCUGCCCUUCUCAUCGGGAACGACAGGGUUGUCCAAAGGGGUGAUGCUGACACACCGGAACCUCGUGGCAAACCUCUGCUCGACCCUCUUCAGCGUCACGCCGGACAUGAUAGGCCAGGUCACCACCCUCGGCCUCAUACCAUUCUUCCACAUAUAUGGGACCACAGGGAUAUGCUGCGCCACCCUCAGGAACAAGGGUAAGGUGGUGGUGAUGAACCGGUACGACCUCCGGACAUUCCUCAGCGCCCUCAUCACCCAGGAGGUUACAUUCGCGCCCAUCGUGCCCCCAGUCAUAUUGAACCUGGUGAAGAACCCGAUUGUUGAGGAGUUCGACCUCAGCAAGCUCAAGCUCAUGGCAGUCAUGACGGCGGCCGCCCCCCUAGCUCCGGAGAUCCUUUCAGCCUUCGAGGCCAAGUUCCCCGGCGUCCUGGUUCAGGAGGCAUAUGGGCUGACCGAGCACAGCUGCAUCACGUUGACCCACGUGGGCCCGGCCCACGGAACCGCAAAGAGGAACUCUGUCGGCCGGGUCCUACCUAAUCUAGAAGUCAAGUUCAUAGACCCUGACACCGGCCUCUCCCUCCCCAUGAACACCCCCGGCGAAUUGUGUGUCCGAAGCCAAUGUGUUAUGCAAGGUUACUAUAACAAUAAGGAGGAGACGUCGAGAACCAUAGACAAGGACGGGUGGCUCCACACCGGGGAUAUCGGGUACAUCGAUGAUGAUGGGGACGUCUUUGUCGUGGAUCGGAUCAAGGAGCUGAUCAAGUACAAGGGUUUCCAGGUGGCUCCUGCUGAGUUGGAAGCAAUCCUCCUCGGACAUUCCUCCGUUGAAGACGCGGCGGUUGUACCGCUACCCGAUGAGGAGGCAGGGGAGAUCCCAGCGGCGUGCGUGGUGCUGAUCCCGGGAGCCGAAGAGACCGAACAGGACAUAAUGAACUUCAUGGCCUCGAACGUUGCGACGUACAAGAAGGUCCGAGCGGUUCAGUUCGUGGAGUCAAUCCCCAAAUCCCCCUCCGGCAAGAUCCUCCGUAGGCUGCUAAGGGACAAACUGUUGGAGAAGAUGAAGAAACCCUAAUGAGCCCAGCAGAAUUUGCACAAUCCACUCUCAUGAUUAAGUUCCCACCUGUUCCCAUCAUCAAUGCCAUCAUCUCAUGUGUUUUGGGUCCCUACGAUCAGACGACUUGUGCCUGUUUGAAAAUUCUAUACUUAAACAAUUUUAAUUUUAUAAAUAAACGAUUCUUACUGAUC